UGGUAUAUAAAGUAGCUUAUAUAAAGAGUUGCGUUUCAUUCUAUAAAAGCAACUCUGCAAACAGCCAUAUAUUGUGCAGAGAACGCAGCAUAAGCAUCCCGUGGGAGUCUGCCAGCGCUGGGAAGCUGAGCGCAGGGUUAAAGGUACAGUAGAGCACGUCAACACAGCGUCAGAGGGGCUGUCCUUCCUCCUCCUCCUCCCUCCGCUUUCACUGCCCGCUGCACAAUGCUCUUUCUUUUCCUCUUUCUCCCUCGUUUCCUUCCCCUAAACGCUGGGCUGCUCUCAGAGGCUCGUUUCCUCCAGCAGAAUCAGGGCUGUGGUGAUUUUAAGACGUGAAGGAGGAGCAGCAGAAGCCGCUGGAGGAGGAAAGGCCCCUUCUAGACUUGCUUCUCCAGGCAGCAGGAGGAACGCAGAGCCAUGGAGAGCGACUCGCUCCCUCCUCCGCCGACCUUCAGCCCGGCCGUGCCUCCUUUCGUCAAGCUGGGGCUGACGGUGGCCUACACCAUCUUCUACUCGCUGCUCUUUGUGUUCGUGUACGUGCAGCUCUGGCUGGUGCUGCGAUACCGACACAAGCGCUUCAGCUACCAGACGGUGUUUCUGUUCUUGUGUCUGCUGUGGGCGGCUCUGCGAGCGCUGCUCUUCUCCUUUUAUUUCAGAGACUGCGUGACCGCAAACACGCUCGGACCCUUGGCUUUCUGGCUGCUCUACUGUUUCCCAGUCUGCCUGCAGUUCUUCACUCUCAGCCUCAUGAAUCUGUACUUCGCACAGGUCAUCUUCAAGGCGAAGUCUAAAUAUUCACCAGAACUUCAGAAGUACAGGCUGCCGCUGUACCUGCUCUUCCUGUGCAUCAGCAUCAUCUUCCUGCUGGUGAACCUGACCUGUGCUCUGCUGGUGAAGAUGACGAAGGCCGACACAGAGACUGUAGUGCUGGUGCGCGUGGCCAUCAACGACACUCUGUUUGUCCUCUGCGCCGUCUCUCUAGCACUGUGUCUCUAUAAGAUCGCCAAGAUGUCUUUGGCCAACAUCUACCUGGAGUCCAAGGGAACAUCCGUGUGUCAAGUGACUAUAAUCGGAGCGACGGUGAUCCUGCUGUACUCGUCCCGUGCGUGUUACAACCUAGUGGUGCUGGCACUGGCAAAAAUCAAGAGCAUCAACUCAUUCGACUACGACUGGUACAACGUAUCAGACCAGGCAGAUCUGAAGUCGAUGUUGGGCGACGCUGGAUAUGUGGUUUUUGGGGUGAUCCUGUUUGUUUGGGAGCUGCUACCCACUUCACUGGUGGUCUUCUUUUUCAGAGUCCGUAAGCCGGCUCAGGAUCGAAGUGUGUCAGUGAUCCCUGGCCACAUGUUCUCAUCUAGAGCUUAUUUCUUUGACAACCCGCGGCGUUACGACAGCGAUGAUGAUCUCGCGUGGAGUAUCAUCCCACAAAACAUUCAAGCCAGUCUUACGCCGGACAGUUAUGAUUGGGGUAGUCAAAACAACAGUUUCACUGCAUACGUCGAAGCUGAAGAGUCUCAUCUAGCGUCCGAGGAGUUGAAUCCUUAUUAGAACAUUCCCAAUGAGGAGUGGUAUUAUUUUGCACAUUCCCCAUCACUGAUGGGAAAUAUUACAUACCACAGAUGUCUUUACCAAUAUUUAUUACGGUAUUUCAAUAUAAUACGACAGUGUGGCUCUGGAAGCAAAACCAACAAUCAUUUUCUCCAAAAAGAAAUAGAUUCUUACCAAUUAUGUGAAAUAUUAAUUUACAAGUAAAUGCGAUUUCUAAUACACUAUCCAGAGAUUAAUUAGAGAAAUCUAAUUAAUACAAUGGAAACAGUUCCACUCAAUCCCAUGAUUCAUUGCAAAUUAAUUAAUCGAGUCCGCCUCCCUAUAUUCUACAUAGU